CGAUCACACAGUCUCACAGAAGAAGCCAGCUCGUCACUCCAGGCAAGAUCGCUCCUAGCCACGGCCAUGGCUUCAUCGUUGCCAUCGCCCUCUCUCCCGCGCAAGCUGCUGCGGUACAUGUCGUCCCGCCUGGCCGCGCUCCACCGCUCUCUGCUCCGCGUGCAGCCGAAGCCCGUCGCCGUCUCGGCCACGAUCGCCACCGCCGCUGCUGCCACCGCGGCGUACUACCCGGAACCUGCAGGAGGAAGGCACGGCGAUGGCAUCUCCGCUGAUGGCGAUGCAGCUGCGCGUGUGCCAACAAGUGGGGUGAACGUGGCGGCGACCAGCCGCCAGCUGCUGGUGGUGGCGGAGAGGAAUGCUCGUGGACGCAGUGCCGAGCCAGCGUUGGAGAGCAUGGCAAAGAGGACGCCCAAAGAAGGCAAGGGCGGCGGCGGUGGUGACAUCCAUGUUGUCAGCUCUCUUGCGGCUGCUGGUGCAGUGGUGCUGCUCCAUGCCAGGAGAUGGCUGGCGAAGUGAGGAACCCGGGCACCGCCUGGCGCCGCGGUCCACCGACGGCAGAACGCGCCGCCGGCUGUGGCGCACCUGCUGUUUGAUCGUAUCUUGUUGUCCAAAAUAAAAUGAUCAUUAUGUAUUGCCAAAGUACUUUUCAUGAUGAUAAUAUUAGGCAUCUGACGGUGGGUGAGUACCGCAAGCAGAAAUUCGUGGGAACCCCCGUUUAGAGAUUCGACAGGAGUGUAAAAUGCAGUAGGAUUCCGGCCAUGUGACGAUAAAGAGGUUUAGACAGAUUUGGACCGUUGUGAGGGUAACACUCUAAAUCCUGUAUGGAGCUGGUGGUUGUA